AUGGGUAUCAUCUCCUCAUCCUUGGCGACAGGGGCAUUCAUCGUCCUAGCUAGAGCUGAUCCUCUCGAACUCCGACUCUCGGAGGGCUACUUGACGCUGACCCUCGAUGGGCAGGCUCUACCGCUCAAGGCAUCAUCCGGUACGAGUAGAAGCUUCGUUUUCUAUGGUCCAGAGUAUGAGAGAAUGUAUGGUAGAGGAAGCUGUGAAAAGCAAUAUCAUGGAUGCUACUUCUGCCUUGAGGAUGACCCUUGUGAAGGCAUAUCAUCUCGAAAGAAAUGGAGUGUGCGCUUCGAGGAUGGUACCUAUCAAUAUGUUGAACACGACGUCACCCUUGGGAUCGGCGAGCACAUACUCCGGAACUUCACGUUCGGCCUGGUAAUACACUUCCCAACUCCCUACGUGAGAGAUCCUAUGGCGAUACUGGGUCUUUCCUUCGGUCGUCCCCACAUUCCUGAGGCGUUCUUGGAACAACUGAAGAGGAAAGGUGUUAUAACAACCCUUUCAUACUCUGUCCAUGUGAAUGAGCGAGGACCUGGUAUAUCUGGUGAUCUCAUGCUUCAUGUACCAUACGAGAUGAGAUCCUCGCCAUUUGUCGUCUUCAACGAACGUUUGGCCAGCCGCAAGAUAGCCACUUCGAUGGGACCAGUUGAACUCUUCGUUCCCGGUGAAGUCAAAUCGACUCACUCUAGUAAGAGGGGCGUGCCAGUCCUUCUUGAUAUGGGGAGCGAAUCACUGUUGGUCGAAAAGAAAGUGUUUCACAAAAUCAUUAAGAAGACCAUUAAAAGUAUGAAAAACUCCAAACCAGGAGUGAGAAAGUCGAGGAAGGAACUUGCAUGCGAAAGUUCCAAGUGGAAUGCAACCGAUGACGACUCGGUGGUGAAGGAAUCAGUUGUUCCCUACUUGCCUGUUGUGGCGUUUACAAUUGGAGAAUCGCCCGAGACUGUCAAUAUCAGGAUUGAACCCAAGCACUAUGUGAAUUUCUGUGACGAUGCAUGCUGUAAACUGGGUAUCGCUCCCGUGGACGACAGUCUCGGUCCAGCCGUAUUGGGGCAUCCGUUGUUUCGCGCGUACGAUGUAAAGUUUGAUCUCGAGGGUGAGCGAGUGUACUUCUCUCGUGGUGCGAGACAAACCACGUCGUUGACCGGUGCAGAAACUAUCGUCAUUGAGACCCAUGCUAAUUGA